UUUGGGCCAAUCUUUAAAUCGAAUCUUAUCCGAAAUGAAUUUUCACAAAACAGAAAACCUACAGCGGGAGUUUUCACUCCUGAAUUUCUCUCCCCAAAUUCAAAAAUUUCAACUUUACAUUUUUUUUUAAUCUUUCCAUUCAAAUCUUCUUAUUUGAGCACAUUAAUUCUCAGGUUUUAUUUACUGAUCUCACUUUUACUGUCAACCCCCUCUGGAUCUCUUUACUCCUGUUCAUUCGCGGCGUUUUCACGCUCCCUGUUGACCGGUUAUUUGGACAUGGAAUUUUCCACAUUGUCUGUAAAGCUAUGGCCCCCUUCCCAAAACACAAGGCUAAAGCUUGUCGAGAGAAUGACCAAAAAUCUUGUAACCCCAUCCAUUUGGUCAAGGAAGUACGGUCUCUUGAGUCAAAAAGAAGCCGAGGAUGAUGCUAAGCGAAUCGAGACUGCAGCUUUUGCUGCAGCCAACCAGCACUUCGGAAAGGAACCGGAUGGAGAUGGAAGUUCGGCUGUGCAGUUAUAUGCAAAAGAAUCCAGCAGGCUCAUGAUUGAAGUUAUCAAACGAGGCCCCAUUGCAAAAUCAGACGAAGAACUCAGUAUACUAGACAAAAUUAAAGAAUGCGAUGGAACUACUUUAGAUAUAUCCGGAGAACCUAGGAAAAUAAUCAAUGCCGAUGAUGCUGAGAAACUGCUGAAAUUCUUGAAGGAGCCUGGAAAUAAAUAUACGAAGAUAUGUUUUAGCAAUACAAGCUUUGGUCAUGAGGCAGCACUUGUUGCUCAGCCUAUAUUGUCGUCCAUUAAGGGUCAAUUGAGUGAAGUAGAUUUAUCAGAUUUUGUAGCUGGUAGGAACGAGGAGGAAGCUCUUGAAGUCAUGAAUAUAUUUUCGUUGGCUCUAGAAGGUUCCGAUCUUCGCUAUCUUAAUUUGUCGAACAACGCUUUGGGUGAAAAGGGUAUUAACGCAUUUGGGGCGCUUUUGAAGUCACAGUAUAAUUUGGAGGAGCUGUAUCUGAUCAAUGACGGCAUCUCGGAGGAAGCUGCAAUGGCGGUUUCUGAUUUAAUUCCUUCUACCGAUAAACUUAGGGUCCUUCAGUUUCAUAACAACAUGACUGGUGAUGAAGGGGCCGUAGCUAUAUCUAAAAUGGUGAAUAAUUCUCCUUUGUUGGAAGAUUUUCGAUGUUCGUCUACGAGGGUGGAAUCUGAAGGAGGUAUUGCACUGGCUAAAGCACUUGGAAAAUGUAACCACUUGAAGAAGCUUGAUUUGCGUGACAAUAUGUUUGGUGUUGAUGCUGGAUUGGCUUUGAGCAAGGCGGUAUCUGCAUUUAACGGUCUGACUGAAAUAUUUCUCAGCUAUUUGAAUUUUGAGGACGAGGGUUCUAUUGCUCUUGCGAAUGCCCUAAAGGAAUCUGCACCAUCGUUGGAAGUUCUUGAUUUGGCUGGAAAUGAAAUCACUGCUAAAGCUGCUCCUGCUCUCGCUUCCUGUAUAGCUUCUAAACAGUUUCUUGCAAAACUGAACUUGUCUGAAAAUGAGUUGAAGGAUGAAGGUGCUAUAUUUAUUGCGAAGGCGCUCGAGGAGGGUCAUGAUCGAUUAUGUGAAGUGGAUCUUAGUACGAAUUUGAUAAGAAGGGCUGGUGCAAGGCGAUUGGCUCAGGCUGUUGUGAAUAAACCGGGACUUAAAUUGCUGAAUAUCGAUGCCAAUUAUAUAUCGGAUGAAGGGAUUGAUGAGGUGAAAGAUGUCUUCAAGAAUUUCCCUAAUGUUCUCGGUUCGCUGGAAGAUAAUGACCCGGAAGGAAAAGACUACGACGAAGAGGAAGAGGAGGAAGAGGUAGGUGGCGAAGAUGAAGAUGAAUUGGAGUCGAAACUCAAGGGCCUUGAAAUCAAACACUGAGGAAUGAGAAGUCGCGUAAUACUCUUUUAGGUUAGUGUCACAUGUUUCGUUUGUUUCUAGGAUUCUCGAGUUGUUUGUAUGAGGGUCAGCUUGAAUGUUUUGUGCUAGCUAGGAACGAUUUUCCUGCGUUCGUGUUUACUAGCUCUUCUACGCUUGAUGCGAGUAUGGACCUAAUAUGCAGAUGUAUGUUAUUUGAUGAAUUUUGAUUUAUUUCC